AAAAUUGAUCCGACUUUCAGAAAUUGUCCAACUCAAUGUUUCAGGUUGCAAAAAGUACAUGACGAUGUUAUUGUAAUUUCAUCGUGACAUGACCACUAAGCCUACAGGAGGGGGUAGGUGGUUGUGACGUCUGAAUUUGAGGAACAGGUAGACCUACGCUCUAUCCCCCUACACUUUUUUUUGUUGCUUGGGGAUUAUAAAAGACUACCAAAAGCAUCCUAACCCAAACGAGCAUCACUACAUGGACAUUGAAGAUCUCUCCUCAUCUAUGAGCAUACCUAUUUUGAAUAAAGCCUUAUAAACGUUUACAUUAUAUUUUCUCUUCCACCGUUGAACAAAACUUUAAAGAUGCAGAAGUCUAUUGGAGUAGUUUGCAUAUCACUCAUUUUCUGCGCAGCUCUGUCAGAAACAAUUGGAUUAGUGAUUGCGGCUAAAGAGAAGCGAGGGUGGACACUGAACAGUGCUGGCUACCUUUUGGGUCCUCGUCGUAUUGAUCACCUAAUACAGAUAAAGGAUAAUCCCAGCGUAAGGGGGAGAGAAGAACUGCUAAAUCAAUAUGGCAUUGACGGUCACCGGACGCUCAGUGACAAGCAUGGCCUUGCUGGUAAGAGAGACAUGCCCCGGGACUAUGACUUCAAAUCAGGUUCCUUGAGAAUAACAGAUGAGGAUGUAUUACACAAUGUCAUUGACUUCUUAUCAUACAUGCAACUUAAAGAAAUCGGAGCUCUGGAUACCCUGCCUUCCUUGCUCACAUCAGAAGAGAUGAGUCAGCCCUAGUUCAACUUCAACAUUCAUUGAUCUAUUCUCUACGCUUCAAAAGGCUGCAAACUACAGUAUCUGUGCAUAUCCCAUUAUACUGGAGUCAUGAUUUACAACAAUCUACUAUACAGAGUAAACAUGUUCCUAUUAUAAUUUGAAAGAAAUGUAUUGAAUAAAACUUUUUGAAUGGCAA